GCUGUGAAUGUCAUAUCUGCAGUACAGUCUGUAUGGAUGUGAAUGAAUUUUUCAUGAUUGUGGACUGUUUGGCGGACUUGUGGUUUGUUUAAGAUAUGGCAUACUUGAAUGGUUACAUGUGAUAUCUGCUAUUAUUAAUUAAUUUUGCUUUCUUACUGAAGGAUACAUAUGUGAUCUUAUUGAAAUGCUUUCCUUCUCUGCAGAUUUAUGCAAGCGAAGAAAGGAACCAGCAUUCAGGAGCCUUAGUCUUUUUAGUCGGGCAGAUUCUCUCCAGUGUUCCUUUCCUGUUUCUUAUCUCCAUAUCAUCGAGUCUCGUGUUCUACUUUUUAGUAGGAUUACAAGAUCAUUUCAGCCUGUUAAUGUACUUUGUGCUGAAUUUCUUCAUGUGCCUUUUGGUAAAUGAAGGUCUGAUACUCGUCAUUGCUUCUUUCUGGCAAGAUGUUUAUCGAAGCAUCUUGACUCUCAUAUCCGUCCAUGUGAUAAUGAUGCUCUCGGCAGGUUAUUUCAGAAUCCGAAGUACUUUGCUGAACCAGUGUGGAAGUACCCAUUAUCUUACAUUGCAUUCCAUACCUUACUCCAUCCAGGGGCUUUUGGAGAAUGAAUUUCUAGGAACUUCCUUUGCAGUAGGACAAGUGAGGACCAUAUCUGGUUUUCAGGCUAUAAGGAGUGCUUAUGACAUCUCUCCUGACAGUAAUUCCAAGUGGGAGAAUUUACUUGUGUUGUUUCUCAUGGCAGUUGGGUACCGAAUCCUCGUGUUUCCUUUGCUACAUUUUCGUGUAAAGAAUCAUUUAUCAAUACAUAGGCUUCGCUGUUGUAAUCACGAGCGUGAAUGAAAGUAAAACUGUUACUAUUUUCUUUGGAGUUUCAAUUGUAUAAUAUCUUCUGCUAUAGCCUUUAGCUCGUUGAAAUGAAAUCAGAAAUAGGAGCGCACAAAUUUUUAGACCAUUGAUUAA